AUGGUGCGCGUCAAGGAACGCUAUCUGCUUGUCAACAUUCUCUACCCUGCGUCUCUGCAGACGAACGCCAAAGUGCCUGAUUUUGUCGCCCUCAGUCAGCCUACAACGGAUCAUCUGACACCGCAACUCCUCGUCCGCGGGAUUAAAGCCGAGAUUCGUGCUCUAUUCGGUGACUAUGGGGCUGGCGCUGUCGAGCGCAACUUAGCUGUCAAGUAUUUGUCGCAUGCGACAUCCACCUUCAUUCUACGCGUGUCGCGUGACCACUACCGCCUUCUUUGGGCAGCUUUGACCUUCAUGAAUGCAGUUCCCGUAAAGAACGGCAAGGACUGCACUUUCAAGGUCGUGCGCGUCAGCGGUACUAUUCGCAAGGUCGAGGAAGAGGCCAUCCGGCGCGCCAGGGCCAUGAUCCUUGCGGCACAAGACGAGAUGGCUGGCAAGGCACCCGGCUCUCUCAGCGCUCUGUUUGGCUCGAGAGAUCUGGCUACCGAUGCGACAGUCGGAAUGGACGUCGACAGUUCCUCGGAUCUGGACGAGGGCGAGAUCGAAGACGAGGGCUGA